UCGGCUCUCAUUGGCUCCCCGCCGUUUGCCGCCAAAAGUGAGCGGUUGAGGGGGGCGUGGCCGCGCGCUGACGUCACCGCCAACGGCCCAAAAGGAGGAAGUGUGAGGCGGAGUUCGAGGCCCGCUUUCCUCAACGUUGAGACAGAGGUAAUGAUGGAGGCGGAAUAUGUCUUCUGCAAAUGGAAGAGGCGUCUGUGGCCAGCAAAGGUUUUGUCUAGAAACCCGACAUCCGGGAAGAAUGAUAAACUCAAGGGCGGGUCUGUUUCCAUGCACGUCGAAAUCUUCGGCCUCCAGAAACAGGCCAAUGUGUCGUGUGCUGUUGUGCAACCUUUGAAGAAGGAGACUAUAGAAGACAUUUCCUCGAAAUUAGCAGCUCAGAGCAAUCAAAGCCACAGAUGCGUGGAGAGGGAAGUGAUCUAUCGCCGGGCUCUGAAGGAAGCACUGGAUCUCUUGGAUUAUGCUUCAUUGUCGAGAGACAAUCCUCCGGCCCAGAAAGACACCGCGGAGCAAACUCGGAGGGUCGAGGAGCAGGAAACUGGGGACGCUCCUACUUCACUCGAACCCACGGCAAUAGAAAAUGAACGCGUUCUUUCCUCUGUGGAUUUUCCCCGCCAUGUGGGUCGGCCUUGCCGCGCUAUUUCCAAAGCCAAAGGCCCACUCAGGUCCCACUCAGCGGGGAGCAAAUCGCCCUGUUCCUCAAAGGAGGCUAUAAAAAAGCACCACGAAGCUGUGGACUCUUCUGCCUAUCCGGCUUCUGUAUCUUUUACUGUCACCAGCAGUGCCAGGGCUAUAACAGUCGGCAAGAAAACAAGUUUGUUGUCAUCUCCCAAGGAUGGAGAGGUGUCCGAGGAUGGUGAGGUGACCCCGAAGGGAUCCAAUGACAAUCGAAAUCCCUUGAACGGAACUCUGUCGCAGAACCACGGAACUGUAUCUCCCACCCCGAAAAAACAGCGGAGGCUUUUCCUGGAAGACUUGGAUCUGGAGGGACCAGCGUUGGAAGGGGAGGAAGAGGAAAGCUGGAUGCUCAACGGGGAGCCGUCAACACUUCCGAGCACUGACGCCGGAGAAGACCUGGAACCCGACCUUUCUCUGUCUCCUGUCCGAGAGAGGUCCUUCAGCGUCACGUUCAGCAGCGACGAGGAGGACGAAGAGUUGCCCAGCUUCUUCCUCCCUCAAGAACUAGGUUCUAUUGAGAAAGGGAAGCUGGUCUGGUGCAAAGUGCGAGGAUACCCAUAUUGGCCUGCCGUGGUGAAAAACAUCAAGCGGAAGACCAAGAGGGCCAGCGUGCUCUUCAUAGAGAAUGGCAUGGAGAAGAAGGGCAAAGGUUUCUCCAUCUCUCUCAAAAGUCUCAAACACUUUGAUUGUGAAGAGAAGCAGGCCUUUAUAGAUGCGGCCCGAGAAAAAUACGAGCACGACAUCAACUGGUGCAUCAAUUUGAUCGAGGACUACCGCAUCCGAGUCGGAUGCAAUUCCUUCACGGGGUCCUUCUUGGAAUAUUGUUCCGAUGCCAUGAGCUUUCCGGUGCGGAACGAAGGCCUCCUGCAGCUGUCGCUGAUGAAUUUCCCAUACGCCAAGGAGGAGGGCCAGGGCACUCCCUCCAAGACGCCUCGACCGAAUCGGGAGAAGAAGCUGCUCCCCGAUCGGACGCAGGCCGCCAGAGACAGAGCCAACCAAAAACUGGUGGAUUUUAUCGUCAAGGCCCAAGGGGCCGAGGGGCACCUCCAGGCCAUCCUGCGGCAGCAGAAGUCCUCGCGGUGGCUGGCCCAGUUCCUCCCCCGCCGCCGGCGCCUCAAGUGCACAGAGACCUACCUGGAGGACGAGGCCCAGCAAGAAGAGGUCUGCCACUAUUUAGAAGGGGUCUACCGCCGGACGCGCGACAAGGUCCUUCCACGCUUCCUCAGGGACCGGGUCCGCUACAUCUUGGAUGUCCUCUUCCCAGAGGCCAUCAUUUACGCAAUUGCAUCCGUGGAACAGAUCGAGUACCAAAAAGCUGAGGAGAAAUUCUCCAAAGGACCACCCGCGAGCAAACGGGAAAGGUAUAUAUUUGAGGAUAAAAUUUGGAAAGAGCGGAGAGGACAGUACAAACCGGCGCUUGCGGAAGACAGUCCCUGAGACCCGAGGGAGAAGGACCCCGUUGGCAUUUAUUUUUUAAAUAUUAUUAUUAAUUUUUUAAAUAUAUAUCUUAUGUAACCAUUCAAGGAAGUUGGGAGGUGGGAUUCCUCAAUGAAAUGCAAAAUGCUGCAGAAAUCCGCCCUCAAAGUCUCCAGCAAAUGAAAUAUCUCUUAUUUGGCUUCUGUUGUGUCAUCUUUGAUUCGUUGAUUUAUACAAAAUGUCUAAAAUUUGCUCAAUAAGUCCCUUGCCAUGGUUCUCUGUUAUACCUUUUUUGAACACAAAUAAAACAAAUGAACUUUCUGGGA